AUGUCAGUGCGUUGUUUGGUGACCGUGCCCGACCUACAGGCCAAGCGGUCGUACACGAUAGAAGUCGGCAAGCUGGACGCGCUGAAGGCUGCAAUUUCCACGUGCCCUGUCAUCGGCGACAAGCUCAACUUAUCGACCUGCACAUUCAAGAUUCUGGAACCCCACUUUGGAGAACAAGUUGACCUUGCCCCCGGCGAUGACAUUCAUGAUUUAGCUCGAGUGACGGUGCUGUCAAGCCAACCAUUGGAAACCGAGGCUUCAUCUGCAUUGAGGAAAGAAGAGGACAACGAAAGUGAGACUUCGGUGGCUGCUUCUGUGGGAGCUGGUAGCAGCACAGGCCUGGACUGCUUUGAUCUGCCUUCACGUUCAGAUGAUGAUGGCAACUCAUUUGUAUUUCCGAGCUUUGGCUCGCUUCAUGACGCCAUAGUCAGUAACAGCCCUGUGACCUCAGCUAUGUUUCGGCAAAUCGUGGACUUACUGUUCCAAGCGAUGUUGAAGAUAACAGUGUAAGUAGAAAAGCUACCUGCCUUGCUCUAGAUAUUGAUGGUAG